UUUAUUUCAUUCAGAUGGAGCAACCUUGAUGGAAUCUAUGGCGAUUAUUGAUUACUUAGAAGAUACGCGGCCAGGACCUAAGUUGACGCCGGAAUCACCACUCGCCAAAGCUCGUAUGCGUGAGAUAUGUGAGAUUAUCGUGUCAGGAAUCCAGCCGCUUCAGAACUUUGGACUGAAGCCACAAUUUGAUACCGAAGAGCAGUACUUGAAGUUCUCCCGACACCACUGUGAGCGCGGACUGCAAACUCUUGAAGAACUACUAAAGAAAAGCUCUGGGAGCUACUGCGUUGGAGACCAGCUCACGGUGGCUGAUUUGUGUCUUGUGCCACAGUUAUUUAACAUCACAACAAGAUUGGGAAUGACAAUCGACAAGUAUCAAACAUUGUCUGCGCUCUUCGCCAAAUUGCUAGCUGAACCAGUUUUCAAAGAAACUCAUCCGAAUUCGAAGCAAUAGAUAAAUCUUGUACCAAAACUUUGUUUUUAAGUCUAAUAAUAGUAAAAUUAAUACACGAUUUGAGUUCUAUUUACAAAAUCCCU